AUGCUGUCGUCGUCGCCGUCGUCGUCCGCUGCUGCUGCUGCGGCUGCGGCGGCGGCGGCGCGGCGGGAUCGACUGGGCUUGCAGUUUGCGGGCUCUGUGCUCGGCACCACCGCGGCGGCCUUGAGGGACGAGAAGGAUGAGGGGGCGGGGUUGGUUCCGGAUGGGUUGUUGGUUCUUUUUGUCGAGGAGGAGGCGGAAGAGGACGUGGGUUUGCGCAGGCCUGUGAGGCUCGAGAAGCGGGCGAGGGAUAGGGCGAUGCGGUUGUUGAGCUCCGUGGCGGUCGUGUGUGUGGGGAGUUUGGGACGGUCGUGGCACUCGUCUGAGGGCGCCAUUUUUUUUUGUUUAUAGUGCUCGACUUGCCAGCCGAGACGUUUUGUAAAGUACGGGUGGUAGGCAGACAGGAGACAAGAGAAUGAACUCGAGUUGCCGCGG